GGUGCGGAAGUGAGCGACUCCGGCGGGUUCUGAGAAAGCCCGAGCUGGGUGGCGCCCGUGGCUCGAGUCGGCGGUCCGGUGCGCGCCUGGGGCGGCGGUGAAUGGGGGCGCCUGGCGUGGCGACUGCGCGACUGACGGUGAGUGGCGCGUGUGAGACGGGGGGAGGUGAGGGCGAGUCUGUGCCGGCGCGAGGUGUGACCGACGGGGCCCGGUGAGCUUCUGCGCGUGCGCGCGCGUCCCCGCAGCGCGGGCGACCGCGUGGUGCCUGAGGCGUGGGCGUGAAUAAAGGCUCGUGAGCUGCCAAGAGCUGGAGGCCGUCCCGGAGGCCGCCGCCCCGCGCACAUUCCGGAGUCCUGUGCGGCCCAGGGUCCCGGGAGGCUGCCCGGUAGGGCUGGUGCGCCUGAGGCGUUUCUUCCGCGCCCCACCGCGAGGGGGCGGAACUGGACACGGCCGAAAGUCCAGGGCCUGAGGAGCGAAGAGCUUUCCUGUGUGAAAUGGUGACCCUGUUCUGUAUUUCACUGAUGAUUGUGAAGUUAAAAUCAGAGUAUUAAUAUAUGCAGCAUGCCCCGUACAUCUGUGUUGUUAACGAAUGGGGCGCUUUGUGAGAAGUUGUGCACAGCCGGAAAGCACAGAGCAAAAUGGAACCCCCUCUAAAUUAUAGAUCCCCCAGAUAACGCCCUUCUCCGGAGGAGCAGCUGGGAAGAGGAGGAGGUGAUGGAAAUUGAGCUUAAAGCCAUGUCGCUGGAUUCAUUGACUUUCACAGAUGUGGCCAUUGAUUUCUCCCAAGAUGAGUGGGAAUGGCUGAAUCUUGCUGAAAGGACUUUGUACAAGAAGGUGAUGUUGGAGAACUACAGAAACCUGGUUUCACUAGGUCUUUGCAUUUCUAAACCAGAUGUGAUCUCCUUACUGGAACAAGAUGAAGAGCCUUGGGUGAUGAAAGGAGAGAUAACAAGGGGCCUGUGCCCAGAGUUGGAGUAUGUGUGGAUGACCAAGGAAUUAUCUCCAAACCAGGACAUUUAUGAAGAAAAAUUAUCCCAGGCAAUGAAAAUGGAAAGAAAUACAAGCUAUGACCUUGAAUGUUCCACAUUAGGGAAAAACUGGAAAUGUGAAGACCUAUUUGAAAGGGAGCUGGUAAGCCAGAAGACACAUUUUAGGCAAGAGACAAUCAGUCAUAUAGACCCACUUACUGAAGAAGCAGACCACUCUAACAAAUCUGGGACAGUUUUUCAUCUGAAUAGAUUAUCUUAUAUAAAACAGGUUUUUCCCAUUGAAAAGGGAAUAUAUAAUUUUGACACAGUUAAGAAAGGCUUAAAAACACAUUCAUUUGUGAAAAAACACAAACAAGUGUAUGGAAACAAACUUUUGAAAUGUAGUGACUGUGAGAAAACUUUCAGCAAAAUCUCAACCCUUACUCUUCAUCAGAGAGUUCAUACUGGAGAGAAACCCUAUGAAUGUAUUGAAUGUGGGAAAGCCUUCAGCCAGAGUGCCCACCUUGCUCAACAUCAGAGAAUACACACAGGAGAAAAACCCUUUGAAUGUACCGAAUGUGGGAAAGCCUUCAGUCAGAAUGCUCAUCUUAUUCAACAUCAGAGAGUUCAUACUGGAGAGAAACCUUACCAAUGUAAGCACUGUAAUAAAACUUUCAGCCAGCUUGCACAUCUUGCUCAACAUCAGAGAGUUCAUACUGGAGAAAAACCCUAUGAAUGUAUUGAAUGUGGGAAGGCGUUUAGUGAUUGUUCAUCCUUAGCUCAUCAUCGAAGGAUUCACACUGGAAAAAGACCCUAUGAAUGUAUUGACUGUGGGAAAGCCUUCAGGCAGAAUGCCUCUCUGAUACGUCACCGGAGAUACUAUCAUACUGGAGAGAAACCCUUUGAUUGUAUUGAUUGUGGGAAAGCUUUCACUGAUCACAUAGGACUUACUCAGCAUAAGAGAAUUCAUACAGGAGAAAGACCUUACAAAUGUAAUGUGUGUGGGAGGGCUUUUAGCCAUGGCUCAUCCCUGAAUGUACAUCAGAGAAGUCAUACAGGAGAGAAACCUUAUGGAUGUAAUAUUUGUGAGAAAGCCUUUAGCUAUCGUGGCUCACUUACUCUUCAUCAACGAGUUCACACUGGAGAAAAACCCUAUGAAUGUAAGGAAUGUGGGAAAGCUUUUAGGCAGAGCACACACCUCACUCAGCAUCAGAGAAUUCAUACUGGAGAGAAACCUUAUGAAUGUAAGGAAUGCAGCAAAACCUUCAGUCAGAAUUCACACCUUGCACAACAUCAGAAAAUACACACUGGAGAGAAACCUUAUGAAUGUAAGGAAUGUGGUAAGUCCUUCAGUCAAAUUGCACACCUUGUUCAACACCAGAGAGUUCAUACUGGCGAGAAGCCUUAUGAGUGUAUUGACUGUGGGAAGGCCUUUAGUGAUGGCUCCUAUCUUGUUCAACAUCAGAGACUCCACACUGGCAAAAGACCAUAUGAAUGUCUUGAGUGUGGGAAGGCAUUCAGACAGAGGGCAUCCCUGAUUUGUCACCAGAGGUGUCAUACAGGUGAGAAACCUUAUGAAUGUAAUGUUUGUGGGAAAGCAUUUAACCACCGUAAAUCCCUUACUCUACAUCAAAGAAUUCAUACAGGAGAGAAACCUUAUGAAUGUAAGGAAUGUUGCAAAGCCUUCAGCCAGAUGGCCCAUCUCACAUUACACAAAAGAAUUCAUACUGGAGAAAGGCCUUAUGAAUGUAAAGAAUGUGGGAAAGCCUUCAGGCAAAGUGUGCAUCUGGCUCAUCAUCAGCGAGUUCAUAGUGGAGAUUCAUCCUCAGUUAUCCUCUCUUUAUCCCCAUACCACCAAGUCCUCUAGAUGCAAUCUUCUAAUACCUCUAGAAUCCAUCCACUUUUUUCCAACCCAUGUUCCGUCAUCACAGUCCAAGAUGCAACCAUCUAAUUUGGAUUUCUGCAGUAGUGUUAUAACCCAUUAUCCCUCUUGCUCUCCUCAAGUGCAUUUUUAACACUUAGCUAAUCUUUUAAAAAUAAAGACAUAUUCAUGUUACGUUCCCAUUUAGGACACUUGUUUUGAAAACUCUGUUAGAUAAUCCAUUUAAAGGAUUUGGCACAUAAUCCUUGGCAUAUUGUGACAUUAAAGGGUUCCUUAUGUUCAACUGCCAGCAAAAUGAGUCAGUAGGUCAAGACUAAGAAACUGACAGAUUGUAGAGAAAAGAGAGGGCUCUACUCUCCCAACAGGUAGGAAAGAUGACCUCAUUUGUAAUUGAAAAGGUUUGUGAUGCCCAAGGUAACAGGGUGAUUCACUGCUCCCUCUG